AUGUCGUCAGUUUUAUCAGAAAUUGAAGCUAUUGAACAUGAACGUGAAAAUUUUUACCAAGAAUUGCUAGAUCAAAAUGUUCCAAAACUCAUCGGAAAAGUUGUUAGGCUUUUGCUAAAAAUCGUUUCAGCUGAAAAGUUGAAUAAUGCAUUGAAACGUUGGAUUCUUCCUUCGGGUAUGGAUACAAAACCCAAUGAGCGAGAUAUCUUCGAAAGUUUGGCUGGUUAUUAUAUAUAUUACAUCAGAUUCAAGAUAAAUAGACUUUUCGUUUGGAAAUUUAAGAUGUUUGGUUAUCUUUUACGAUUCAAUACCAUAAAAAAGUUUUCUAAUUUGAGCUCCAAGAUUUCAAAUAUUGCUUCAUCCAAUUUCAAAAAGCUCAAUGUGUUUGAUAAAAUUCCAUUGUUUAAAAAACUCUUCAAUUCUGGAAGCGAUAAGAUGGUAAAAAAACCAGUUACAAAUUUCAAAUCAAUAUUUCCAAUUGAGAUAUGGGGUAUAAUAGUUGAUUAUGGCGUUGAUCCCGCCAACCUUGUUAGGGUCAAUCGGGAACUUUGUAAUACUUUUGCUCCUAUUGUUUACAAAUCAAUUCAUUUAGAUGUUGUUCUCAGCUCAUUAGAUCCCCUCAAACAAAAAUAUUCACAUUACUUAAAACACGGUAGUACUUACCCCUUCCAGGCAUCAAAUUCAUAUAAAAUUUAUGAGUUGUAUGAGAACUCAUCUGAUUAUGACUACGAGUUCUUGGAUAUAGUUCAUGAAGGAAAGAAAAACUUAAUACUUAGAUCAAAGGUUACAAAUGAGUAUGAUUUACAGAUUGAUACAGAGACGAGAAUUAUUAGAGAAUUCAACAAAGUUAAGCAGUUUUAUGAGAAUGUUCUCAUGAAUGAAGAAUCAGUUCUACGCAAUUUUAUAAAGGAAAUUUCUGGCAAUGUGCUUGUUCUUGAUGGGUUGAAUAGUCUAAUUGCACCUUCCAACAAGUUUGGUGAAGUAUUGCAAAGUUUAUCCAAGGUUGAUAGUUUGAACUUGGUGAAAUUCGACGGUGAACAAUUUGAUGGAUUUGCAUUUGCUCCUAGAUAUAACGAAUUUAUUGAAGAAGAUAAACCUUUUGAUGGAGGUGAAUGUUGUGGAUAUGAAGAGGAAUCUUUCGAAGAAUUUGCCGUUAGAAAGCUUUUACCUGAAAACGAAUUCUAUGAAGAAUUCUUAUAUAUUGCAUUUUAUUUCGACGAAUUGAAAGAAUAUUCAAAUAGAAGAAACUUAUUCAAUACUAAUGAGGUCAACACUCUUAAAGCUAAUGAUUCCAUUAGGAAAUGGAACUUAAAUUUACCGAUGCUUACAUACGAACAGAAAAGUGCUGCAUAUCAUAAAGGUGCUGAGAAAAUGGAAAUUGGUAGUAGAGAAUUCUUUACAAAAUCAGAUACCUUAGACUUCUUAUCUGGAUUCCUGAAUGUAUUUUCAUCAAAAAAUUUCAACAAAGCUAGAGAUACAUCAUUGUUGCUUACAGGAAUCUCACGUGUUCCUAAUGGACAAAAUGAUAGUGAUUUAACCGCUGAAGAGAUGGAUGAUUUUGGGAUUACGAGGUUCAAACCUUAUAAUAUACUUAUCAACGGCUUCAAGGAUGAGGGCGAAAACAAGUAA